GAUGUAUAUUUUGAAACUAGCUACCAACCAGCACUAGAUGAACCAACAUUGACCAAAAACAAACCACUUCAUAUAUUCACUCUCCCUUUCUACUAAAUUUAUGGCUAUAUAUACACAUUACACAACCACUUUGCCAAACUACAAUCAAUUUAACAACACCCUUCAAUCCAUAAUUAUAUCCAAAAACAAAACAAAAAUGGAUAGUAGAAAUGGUGAUAAUUUCAUUGUGAGUGUCACAAAUGAAGAGGUGGUGGCAGCAGUGUUACCAAUACAAGAACAUUGGCUACCACUCUCUAAUCUUGACUUACUUCUACCUAAAGUAGAUGUUGGAGUGUUCUUUUGUUACAAGAAUCCUAUGUUGUUGUCCACUUCUACAACAUAUUUAACCUUUGAAUCUAUGGUUGUGUCUCUCAAGAAGGCAUUAGCUAAGGUUUUGGUCUCUUACUAUGCCUUUGCUGGUGAAGUUGUGUCUAAUUCUGUUGGUGAACCUGAGCUUCUUUGUAAUAACCGUGGGGUUGAUUUUGUUGAAGCUGUGGCUGAUGUUGAGCUUCAAUGCAUUAACUUUUAUAAUCCUGAUGAAUUUGUUGAAGGAAAGUUUGUUCCGAAGAAGAAGCACGGCGUGCUUGCUAUUCAGGUAACUUCAUUAAAAUGUGGCGGGAUAGUAGUAGCAUGCACAUUUGAUCAUCGCAUAGCAGAUGCCUAUUCAACAAACAUGUUUCUAGUAUCAUGGGCUGAGAUGGCCCACUCAAUAAAGCCCACCAAGCCCAAAACCAUAACAACCACAAACAAACCAUGUUUUCGCCGAUCCCUCCUUAGCCCCCGCCAUCCCGGAUCUAUCCACCCUUCUCUUGAUGAUAUGUACAUUCCCAUUUCAAAACUUCCCCCUCCUUCGGCCACCGCUACCAAGCCGCUACUUAGUCGAAUAUACCACAUCACCGCAGAGGAGCUCCAAUGCUUGCAAUCACUUGCCGCUGGGACCAAUGAUGGCAACACCAAGCCUACAAAACUUGAAUCUUUCUCUGCCUACUUGUGGAAGUUGAUUGCUCAUGCAGCCAAAAGGGACCGUAGUAAAAUGGUCAUUGCCAAAAUGGGUAUAGUGGUUGAUGGAAGAAAGAGACUUGGCAAUGAUAGUAGCGACGAGAAAGGGAAAGAAGCAAUGAUGGAACGAUAUUUUGGGAAUGUUCUUUCUAUACCAUUUGGUGGGAAACCAGUGGAAGAGUUGGUGGAUAAGCCAUUAGGGUGGGUGGUUGACGAGGUCCGUGAGUUUGUAUCAGUAGCAACAACGGAAGAACAUUUUUUGGGGCUCAUAGAUUGGGUGGAAGAGAAUCGACCUGUCCCUGGAUUGGCGAAGAUUUAUUGCGGUUCCUCUAGCGAGGGACCAACUUUUGUGGUGUCUUCCGGACAAAGGUUUCCGGAAGACAAGGUUAAUUUUGGGUGGGGGAAAGUUGUGUUUGCAUCUUACCAUUUUCCUUGGGGUGGUGAAGCUGGUUAUGUGAUGCCAAUGCCAAGCCCUUUAAGGAAUGGUGAUUGGAUUGUUUACAUGCACCUUUUGAAAGAGCAGUUGGAGAUCAUAGAGUCCGAGGCAGAUCAUGUGUUUAGACCUAUAACUUGGGAUUAUCUCAAUCAAUGAUGGAUAAGGUAUUGAUAAUCAUGCAUGUUGACUUGUUCUAGUGUUUAAAAGUUUGUAACAUCUAUUUUAUGUAUUUCAACAAAAGUGUCAUGUCAUAUAUAGUUGCUAUAAGCUUGUAACAUACUUCCUCUUACCUUAAUUAUAAGCAAAUGUCACUUUUUGGAUAUAUUGAAUAACUAAUGUAUUUAGUCUAAAAAGUGGACAAGAUAUAUUAGUUAUUCAAUGUAUCUAAAAAAUAACAUUUGUUUAUAAUUAAGGCCGGAGGGAGUAUACAACAACAUUGAUUUCAAUGGAGUAUAUUUAACUAGUUAUAAUUGAUAUAAUGAUUGUUGGUUUGGUUAUUCUAGGUUUUACUUUAAUUAUAUGGAUAAAUUAUAGUAAUCAAAGUGGGUAUUUUUUGAAUGUUGCUGAAAAGAUUAAGGAGUUGUUGACUUGAAAGUUUGGAAGUGAUAUUCCUUUGAAUUACAACGACUUCCUUAUCAAAUUUUCACCAACAAAAAAAUAUCUGAUAUAUUAAUAAAACAUUAUUUUA